AACGCGGGCGCCAAGUGCUUAUUCCCAAGUUUGCAAGAGAAACAGGAAAUAUUUUUGUUUAGUUUUUUGUUUUUCCACCACAAUGUUAUUAAUUUUAUCUCAAGAACAUAAAGAACACCUACGUCUUCUCAGUGAUCUACAAGUGGAAGGUAUGUGCGACGAUAAAAUUAUAUUUAUCUUCGUUUUUCUUGUUUUUAAUAUAUAUAAAAUUGCUAGUGACUUGAGUUGGUUGUUCAUUUGAUCAUUUUUGGAGGGUCUGAAACUGCAGGUACAUGAUGAUGAUAAUCAAAAUUCUUUACACAAUAAAAUCUUCAACCUAACCUGCACGCAAUACUCCCAUCUUACCUCAGAUUCUCAUCUUAUUGGCUGAUGAUAAAAGUAAGGUAUUAGCUUCAUGUAUUUUUCACACUGCAUGAAAUUCCUGGCAUACACCAGGGUGCAUUCUGUGCACAAAAGUGGGAAGAUAUCCGGCGUGAGUCUGGCAAAUUACAAUACUAUAUGUAUCUUCGACCGUUUGGCAUAGUGUUUACAUUGAAUGCACCCUGGGGCGUACACCAAGUAAAUGAGGGAAUGUAUGAUAAUGUGCACCUUUCAGACAACAUUGAGAAUUCUCUGAUCAGAGUUAAAGUUAUGCUGAGUACUGCACUCUCAAAGCAUUUUUUAUUUCUAAUUGUACAACCUUGCAUAUAUAGCAUUUUGGAUUAGCAAUGUUUAACCCCUGUGUGAGAGGUGUCCCAAUAAUACUUUAAUGGCUAAUAUUGGCCAUCCCUAUAGACAUCCAAUAUUAUAUAAUUGUAAGGUAUAACGUUAUAUAGUGUUGUAUAGUGUCGUAUAUAGCCUUGUAUAUUAUAUAUUGUGUAGUGUUGUAUAACGCUGCAUAGUGUUGUAUAGCCUUAUAUUAGUGCUGUGCGCCGGAGUUGCCGGAGCCGGAGUUCUGCCGCAGUGCUGGACCUCCGGUGGUUUUUCCGACUCCGGAGCAGAAUUUUGUAUGCCGGAGCUACGUUUUCCCAGCUCCGGCAAAAUGACAAGAAAACAAUAUGAAAUGAAACAAAUGUCAAACGAUUGUCAGUUACUGCAAAACUGCCAAUUGCUGUUAAUGAAUUCAUCAUAGACUCAAACUGCCACAGCCCACAAGAAUAGCGUUGAAAAGCUGUAAUACGAUCGCAACUUACAAACGUCAUGCUUUCAUGAAGCCAUCUGACUUAGCGCUACAUACUGUAGUCUGUGUAUUCAUGCCUUGUAGAUAACGAAAUGACAGAGUACUUUGUUUGCGUGCGUCAUGCCUCGUGUCAAAGAUUUUUCGAGGCUGGUUUCCAUAUAUUAGAUAUUUUCUGUGUGGUUUCACUGUUUUGUUUCCUGAGUUAUGUUAUCUGAUAAUUAGGAAGUGCAAAAAGGGUUAUUCAUAAUAAUAUUAAUAAAUGUUCUCUGAUCAUAAAACAUUUAUUUAAUAUUUUAUGAUGUGGCCGGAGCUGGACCUCAGAGCUGUAAUUCGGCCGGAGCCGGAGAUGAAAAACCGGAGUUUGCACAGCACUACCUUAUAUAGUGUUGUAUAGUUUUGUAUAAUGUUGUAUAGUGUUGUAUAGUGUCGUAUAGUCAUAUAUUAUUGUAUAGUGUCGUAUAGUGUUGUAUAGUAUUGUAUAAUGUCAUAUAGUCUUGUAUAAUUAACAUUGUAUAGUAUCGUAUAGCCUUAUAUAGUGUCGUACAGUGUUGCAUAACGUUGUGUAGUGUUGUAUAGUCUUCUUUAGUGUAGUAUGGUGUCAUGUAUAAUCUUGUAUAGUGUCAUAAUUUUUAUAGUCUUGUAUAACAUUGUAUAGUGUUGUAGAGUGUCGUAUAACCUUAUAUAUUGUUGCAUACAGUAGUCUUGUAUAACGCUGUAUAGUGUCGUAUACAUGGGCGUACCGGAAGGAAAAAAUUAGGGGGGCGGAAAGAAAUUUGCCCGACUUUUCGGGAUUGUGUCCGACUAGUACCUAAAAAAUUUUUUCCGGAAAUAUUAUUUCGGCGACCUCCCUGAAAUAUUGACUGAAUUUUCCACUAAAUUGACAGCAUUUGUCCCAUUUAUUUUUAUUGCAAACCAAAAUUGCCCGACUGUUGAUCGAAUAUUGCCCGACUGCCCAAAAAACUGGGGGGGGGGGCUAACAGUCCUUGGCUCUUGUGCAUUAUAUUUAUCCAUUAUUAAUAGUGUUAUUAACUGUGAGUCAUUCCAGGUUAUUACUCUAGAAGUGACCACACUUGACUUUGUGUCUAAGAAUAUUGCAAAAUCUGCAAGUUAACCUUAGUGACAAUCUCAUAAUAGCUAAAUGUGUGGAGGUAGCCCUGCGGGCCACAUUAUACAUAUAUUGUCAGACAAAUAAGCCAUGGAAUGACCCAUAAUUACUUAUUUCUAUUGGGUACUAUUGUUUGGAGUGCUCAGAAAAUGGACCCGUUUCAUUACAGAGAACUGUUUUCUUAAUUUUAGAUAAUUAGAAUAUUAUUGUAACAUAUAUGCACAUGAUUGUUACAAUAAAAUACAAUUUUCAUUGUUUAAAAAUUAUAAUAGUGUUAUAUUCCCAUUAUAGUGUUAUUAAGUUUUGAAUUAUCCACAGAUUUUGAACAACCUAACCCAAAGUUUUGGCCGCGAGGCAGCACUUUCCUUGCGUUAGUAACUUCUAGUUCUAAAAAUAUUUAUCAAUGAAUGCUCCUUAACACUUUGCACAAAAGAAAUGUGCUACACGUAGCUGUCCAGGACUGGUGUAGUACUGGUGUCCCACAUAUCUCAUACCAGAGCUAUCAGGCUCGAGGAUACGAAACUCUGAGGUAUAUUGGUGUGACAUCACUAGGUGAUCUUCAGUGGAUGUCUGGCCCUGGUUAGCAAGUUUGAUGAGUAAAAUCAAAUUUGGAUGCAUUUGGAAUACUUAAUAUUGCCUUUUUUGUACAUUGUAUUUAAUAUUAUAUAUUAUUUGUAAGGGUGCACCGGAUAAUGAUUUUUACUAUCCGGUCGGAUUCGCCGGAUAUUUAAAAACAAUCCGGCUGGAUACCGUAUAUUUUAUCAAUUUGAAUACUUGACAUAUAAUUAUAUAUAUUAUAAUUAGGAUUUUUCUCAUCCAUGUAUUAGUCCAGAAGAAGGUGACACUAUUUUUUUUAAUUUCUGAGUAAAUAAUUCACCUAUUCACCAAUAGCGACGCCAUCUUGAAUUUCAAGUUCAACGCAAUGCAUUAUGGGUGAUCCAGGGUAAUUGAGCGUUUUUGAAGGGCUGUAAAUCAAAUAUGUAGGCGAAAACACACGUUUUUUAUUUUAGAAGAACUAGGAAAACACACAAAAGCUGUGAAAAAUAAAAAAAAAUCAGGAUAAAAUCUAUAGUUUAAAUCUUUGUUAGGCCUAAAAAGGGAAAUAAUUUCAACAAAGUGCGCAUAAAAUUGAUUUACACUGCCUCAUUGUCCUCAAGAAAGUGUUUAUGAAAAAAAAUUUAUCGUUUUGUGUCUCAAUACGACAUUAAUUAAAGGCUUUUGAAUUCGGAUUUUUACCCUGGAUAACCCAUAAUGCAUCAUAUUCAAGAUGGCGUCGCUAUUGGUGAAUAAGUGAAUUAUGGUUAACUAAAAAUAUGUUUUUAAUUUUUUCCACUGUUCACGUGUUUCCGAAAACUUCCGAAAGUUUUUGAGCGAUGGGAUUUAGUACAGCUUUUGGCGCCAAACUCUGCGAAUAGUUCACUUAAUUAUGUCAGUGGCUAGCUUUUUCACACGUCCUUUUUUGGGUUUCUAUUUUUUUUUAGUAUUUUUUAUGUUUCAAUUAACGGAAAUUUAGUACACUUCAUGAAAAACAAAUAAUAGUAAAUAUCCGGCCGGAUAGUACGAUUUUGUCACUAUCCGGCCGAAUACUAUAUCCAGUGCACCCCUAAUUAUUUGUUAAUUUUCUUUGUCUAGUUGCUCGAGAAUUUUGCAGAAUAUCUCUUGAAUUUAUUUUGAAAGGAUCCAAUCCUAAAAUUUAUCAAACAGCUGCUCGUAAGUUGAAUACAAAAGAAAACAUUUGAGAAUAGGAAUAGGGUGGUUAUAUAAUAAAACUUCAGUUGUAGAUUUGCUGUCAGAUGAACAGAAGGGUGUGCUUUAUGAGUGGUUUAUAUAAUAAUGUACAGAUUCCUUUGAAAAUGUAAACAUUUCAUUGUGUUUUCAAAAAAAUCUGUGUCCACACAUCCAUGUCUGUAUCUGCGUUGUGUUUAAUUGUUCACACAAAUACACUGUUGCAUCAUGAUUGUUUUCAAAUAGUUCCAUUUUUAUGUAUUAACUUAACACAAAUGCUGUAGACUAUUGUAAGUUGCAUAAUUUUCAAAGUUUGCCACUUAGAAUACUGUUUUCAAACAUUUCAUUUUUACUUUUAGUGGUCGAUAUAUACUUUUUUCAGCAAUUUCUCAGUGUUUUUUUUCAGCAUUUUUGCUAGGUCUACUCUGUUUUUGCAGAGAAGAUUGAGUUUACCUAAGUAGCUGGGGUCUGGAGUGACGUCCCAGGGGACUUAUGACCACUUGGUGUGCAAAAUCAUCUUGCAUCUGACAGAGUAAAGUAAAAAUUUUAAUAAAAUGUAAUAUACAGUAUGUCAGUAUAUCGAGCUAUAUACUAAGCACAUUGAAUAUUAAUGGUCAACAAGGGGCGUUGGCAGCUCUGGUUACAGUAAAGAUCUAUCACUUAAGACUUGACAUUCAAUUAGUAAAAUCAUACAACUGGCAUUGGAUAAAGUAAAGUAGGCCACAUCACUGAGGCACAUGUGACCAACAUGAACCUAAUGUUAAUUACAAUGAAGUGUGAAUUAUUUAGAAAAACUUGGAGUUCAAGUGAAUCAGGUGAAACAAGCAGUGGAAGGAUUGGUUUAUCUUUUUAAUGAAAGCUCUCGUCUUAUGGUGUGUUAUUAUCUUGUAUUAUGUUCUUUUAUGUACACAUCUGUACAGUUCUGCAUUCACUUAAAAUUGCAGCUAUUUGCAUGAAUGAAAUGUUUUGUGCAGUACAUUGCAUUGUUUUAAUUAAUGUUGAUAAUUUAUUAAUUUUAUUUUUUAAGAUUGGAGAAAUUGACUUUCAAGAUUCUGUUAUGACAUUAGGUUUCUCUGAAGAAUUGAACAAACUCUUACUCCAGGUUUGUUUUGCUUCUUGGAUUGUUAUAGCCUGCAUGGCAGGCUGUUCCUAAAAUUGGGCAAGCCUGGGAAAUACCGCCUGCUGGGUUUGGCAGUGUAAUUGAAUUCCCCGUCCACCAGUGGACGGGAAUUGAUGAUUGGCUGCGAGUCUGAGCCGCUGUCACUCAAUAGUGAAUACACUUUAAUAUGUAAACAUACGUUUGACACUUUACUGUCGUUCCAGUUGAAGUGUUCCUCAAAUAUUGAUUCAAUACAUUACCUCAGGCUGACCAAUUCAUUUCAUCAAGUUCCUCAAGAUAUUCAUACACUUCCUGUGAAAGAGGCAAUUCCAAGUAUUUGAUCAUUUCUGGUCACUUCCUUUCUAUUUAUGAUUGGUUAGUUGCACAGACAACAAAGGUGAUUGGUGCAUUCAAACUAUUCAACAGGAAGUUUACAAUUAUACUAGGAAGUGUAUGAAUAUUUCGAGGAACUUGAUCAAAUGAAUUGGUCAGUCCGAGGUAAUGUAUUGAAUCAAUAUUUGAGGAACACUUCAAUCGGAACGACAGUAAUGUGCAUGCGUUCGCUUUAAUUAAUAGGUGUUGUAAAACUGAACGCUUCUCGAAAGUCGAAACGCGAACUGAUUGUCAAACGCGAGCAAGAGAUAGCAGUUAAAGAUUUACUCCAUGGAAAGAAUGUUUUGGCCAUUCUAUGGGAAAAGCUUGAUUUUUACAUUGUUCUUGUUGGCGCGAGAAAAUAUAACGAGAAUAGAUACAGACGGCCGUAUAGUCUUUCUUGCAACGGGUUUUAUAACAAUAACAGGACUAUUACGCCGAGGCCUAUUAGUCGCUUCAUUUUCUGAACUUUUUAAGGCUUUCGUUACCACACAGCUUCGUUAGGGAGAUGAGACAGUUAAUAUUGGCAACUGAGGUUAAUAUACAACUGUCUAUUUGUUCGAACGUACACAGGCAACGCGUUUAUGUCUCGUUUGAUUAUGGUUUACAAACUUGGUCGGAUAGUUCCGAGGUAGAAUUAACCUCGAUUCCUAAAUGAACUGAACCGGCAAUUCGGCUUAUUUCGGCCAAGGUUUUACCACUGUCGUAACGUUUCUUUUGCUUGCCUUAAAUAAAUAAUUUCUCCGACGAUAUAUAAGAAUAUAAGAUAUUUUCUCUAUUGGCGUAUUGCCCCGUAUUUUAGUUUCAAAGCACACUUAAACAAACGACAAGUCAUUUACAUUUUCCGCGCUUGCUUUUCUACCUGAAACUUUCAAUGGCGCUUCAUUCGACAUAUUUUUAAACAUUUGCAAUUUUGCGACCAAACAAUAACAUAGUUUGACAGUUUGAUUAUUAAUAUAUUUAGUGUUUGCUGAUUGGCUAAUUAGACCCGGACAAAAAAGUGGGCGGUUAUCAAAUUACACUGCCAAACCCAGCAGGCGGUAUUUUAGACCGCCUGCCAUGCAGGCUAGGAUUGUUAUGAAAUUUUUAUUCAUAUGACAUUUUUGGGGUGGGUAUUCAGGAGGUUGAUUUGUAUGUUCUACAUGCAAGUUUGUUACAAACUAUAGGAAAAACAACUUUGAAGCCCAGGUCACACUAUACAACGAUAACGAUACGAUAACUUGUAUACGCGCGAUGAUUGGUAAAAAAUUAAUCGUUAUUGACUAUUGUCCGACUAAAAAUAAAUUCGCUUGGGUGAGCGAUUUUAAAAUUGUUAUCGUCAAACGAUAAUUUUAUCAUAAUUUUCGUUGUAGUGUGGACACGCGAACAUAAUUAUCGUAUUGUUAUCGCAGUAUCGCUGUGUAGUGUGACCGGGCCUUAAGUCUAUCUAAAAACUUUUUUGAGGAAAUUUGUUGUACAGUAACAAUGCUUAUCAUGCUAUAUCAUGGUAGAUGUAGGCUAUUCAGCUUUUGAGCACUCAGUGAACACUCUCGUUUUCCUAAAUAUCAGCAUAGACCUAGGGCCUUCUAUUUAUAUUUUAGUGCUUUUCAUGUGAGAAGACUGGAACCUAGAAUCCUGUAAAUUGAGUGCCACCUGUCUAGGUCUAGGCUGCCUAAAUGUUAAAGUUUGAACUGAACAACAUUAAUUUGGUCUUUCAUCUUGUGGCUCGUCACCUGCCGUGGCACAGCAUUUAAAACUCUUAAUUUAUUCAACUUUCUGUGGCGUGCAUGACAGUCACAAGUCGGAAGUUUUAUCUAUUUCAAAUUGAGUGGUUGUUGUGUUGCUCUUUUUCUUUUCGUUUUUUCUCUCGAAUUACAAAGCAAACAUUUCUGUUUAAAUUUCUUGCAGCUUUACUUGGAAAAUAGGAAUGAAAUAAGAAGACUACUGGGAGAACUGUCUUUGGAACUAUCGCAUUAUCAUAAUUUAGAAUGGAGAUUUGAUGUCCAGGUAAAUAUCCUUCACUGCAUGCUACUCCAGGUAAUACUCUUCUAUGAGGUUUGAAGUGAACAACCUCGUACCAGAGUAUGAUAAAUUAAGUGAACACUCUAGCAACGAGGCUGCAGAUGAAUGUCAAUUUUUUUUUCAACUUGGUCGAUGUCAACCUUCGUAAUUCGCCUCGACCCUCCGCAAUUACCGAUCGGAAGCAAAUGCCGAGGUAUAUUGAGAAUGUUCUUACCUGCCUCGGUAAAAAAUCCCCAAUUUUGCCGAGCCAAAAAUAGGCCAAUUACGAGGUCUGUGUGUGAUGAAGAAUUUUUUGUUCAUGUAGCAUGUAAUAAACAUCAGAACUGCAAAGUCGAUACAGUACUUUCUCUAUGCUUAGUUUAAAGAUAAAGAGCAGAGCCCAGCAAAUAACUUUAAAACCAAACAUAAUAAAAGUAAAAAAAAUUAUUUCUUUUUAAUUUAAAAAAUUAAAAUUUAAAAAUAAAAAUUGAAAAUUAAAAUUCCUAGUCAUCACCAUGUUUAGUUGUUUUACAACACGAUUAAAUAAAUUUUCGCGUCCUUCUUUGGAAAGUCCGAUUCUCUGCAACAUAAAUUUGUCAAUGCAUGAAAAUGUUUUCAAUUUUGCAGCUUGCAAGUCGAUCUCUUCAUCACCAAACUGAACCACAGAUACUUUUAAAACUUCACACAAAACGCCAAGGUAAUCUCAUUACUAUUUACGUAUAAGACUAUUAAUUGAACUAAAUCAAUUAAUCUUUUUCUUUAUUCUACCACUGAGAGCGAGGAAGAUUACCCAAGGAUUUCCAUGAGGGUGGUCAUUUAAUGGAAGGGGGAGGGGAGUUUGGAUCACGUUUCACGUGAAGAAAAGCAGCGACUUCACGUUUCACAUGUAAAAAUGAACCAUUCACGAAAAUUGAAAAACACGGACACAAAUUAACGGCAAUCACAGCUGACAACACAAAAAUCCGUCGUUUCACAUUUCACGACAACAAAUAAUUCACGGCUCACGAAAAUACCUUUUGCCACUCCCUUCCAUACAAUAACUGCCUCUCACAUCGGAAGCACUUGUAGAAAGAUACUUUAAGAAGUUCAGAUCUUUUGGCUGUUCUGGGUGAUGUGCCCCUCUCUUCCCAAAGGAGUUUAAAGGAUACGAAAUAUUGCGCUAGAAGUUAUGGGCUGAUAAUAGAUGUUUGCGAAAUGUGUAUUUUAAAAUUUUCUCCUGCCUCUCUAUGCCCGGGGAAGAACUAUAUAAAGGACCGAAAGAACUUUUUACUUUUUUGACUUCAGUUUACAGAACAUCAUUAUAUUCGGUACAUGUGUUUUAAGAUAAUGAAGUUAUUGCGCUGGAAAUUCGGCAUUAAUAGCGCAAUAUUUAACAUCAAAUGCCUCUGCAAUUCUUACGUUUUAAUGUAGGUGACACGGACUCACAGAUAUUCCAAACUGAUCCAGUGAAUCUCGUUCAUUUAACAUCGGAAUUAGAGAAUGCCUUGGCUGAAAUGAAGACUGCUCAUUGCCGGAGGAUUGUGAGAAAUAUUAAAUAAUUUUUAGAAACUGUGUAAAUUUCAAUUGAAUCAGAAAUUGCGCAUAUUUAUGCCUCUUUGCAACCAAGGGCGUAGGAAGCAGGAGCCCGGGACAAAUUAAUGAUGGUAUAGUGACAAAAGUGACUAACACUGGCUAUAUGUUACCAGAAGGAAGUAGUUCUUGAAUGUAGAGGUUUGUACAAUCUUCUCUGAUGAUUUAGAUACUGGGGGUGAAGAUAGGAAUUCCUAUCAAACAAUAGACACUUCCCGAAUUUUCUGACAGGCAAUAAAAAUGACAUAUUUACAGUGCAUUACGCCAGCCGCCUCCAUAUCAAGCUGUUGUUUGUACUCAAGCAAAUUCGGGAACUGUCUAAUUUUAUAUAUUCUUUAUAUAGAAAUUAAAGUAGAUUGACCAUGCAGUUUCGUAUUUUAAUACCUCAAUACGCGCCCAACUAGCGCUGCUCUACGUGGCAUCGUUUACACAGCAUCAGACAAACCCUAACAUUCUAAUAUUAAUUCCACCAAGUGAAGUGCAAGAAUCUAAGUCAUGAAGUCCACCUUAUCACAACCCGCACACCCGAUUACCUAUAUAGACAUGAACUUACGGUUACAGCUUAACAGCUGGUCUCUGUAGCAGGGCCGUGGGUUCAAUUCCACCAGAGGACCUUGUGCUGCAUUUUUCGCAGUCGUUCCUGGUUAGGUCUUAAAAUGUAUAUAUUCUCACUUGGAUUACAAACCCUAACAUUCUAAUAUUAAUUCCACCAAGUGAAGUGCAAGAAUCUAAGUCAUGAAGUCUACCUUGACGUUGUAUAUAAUUACAGUAGAACCCCGCUAACUCGAACUCCCAAGGGGAACGAAAAAUUGUUCGAGUUAGCGGGGCUUCGAAUUAACCGGACUUGGUGUCAGAUUUCGUUUAUUAUGUUAAUAAUUAAUAAGGUAUAAAAGUUUUAUUAUGCUGUUCAUCAAAAUUACAAAAGGUUUAAUUGUGCAUUCCUAUAACCAUAUGCUAUAACUAAAGUUCUUUAUAGUCAGUAUCUUUUUAACUUGGGUGAUGGAGGAGGCAUGCAAUUUCCAUGCAAACUAAAGUUCUUUGGACAUGAAAAAUAUGUAGAAAUUUACAAAAGGAACUAAAAAAAAUUAGAUCAAUAACAAUCGUCGCAACUAUGUGUAUAAUCUCUUAAAAUUUAUGAUCAUUUAUACACCGAUUAAAUUGUUGAUAUUUGAAUAAAAAUCCAAGUUACCGGUUGUCAAAAUGCUAUGUUCUGACAUUUUAAGGUUUGCCGGUCCACGACUCGAAAACAAAGUUCGAGUUAACGGGAUAAAUUUGACCAAGGGAAAACAAACUUUGUUCGAAUUAGCGAGGAGUUCGAGUUAAGCGAGUUCGAGUUAAGCGGAGUAAAUUACUAUAAAAAACAGUGUCAGAUCCAAGGGGAAUUGGAUUUAGUUCGAGUUAGCGAGGAGUUCGAGUUAAGCGAGUUCGAGUUAGCGGGGGACUACUGUAUGACUAUGCGGAUAUAUCCUUCCCGUUUACCGCCCUAUUAUUAUUAUUUAUUUUAUUUAUUUAUUUUUUAUUUUUAAAGUUUUCGCCCAUAC